UGAUGUUUGUCACUUAUAUUUUGGAUCGCCAGUGUGAGUUCUCAUCUUCACAGGACGGCAUCUCGAUCACCGCUUGAGUAGAUUAGAUAAGGAUAGUCUAACGCUCAAGCGAUCGAUCGUUCCUCACAAUUUUCCUGUCAUCAUUCAGAAGGGACAUCUUGGGCUCCCCUGGGUUAUCAUGGUGUUUUUUGCUGUGAUCAUUCUGUCUGGAUUCAUCAGCAUCUCAGCAGCAGAGGAAGCAUGUGAUCUCUAUGGUGGAGUUGGAGAGAAUCUGAGUCUGCCUCUUAACUUUAACAAACGGAUUAGCAAAUAUUCUCUGAAAUGGGUUCACAAUACUAAGACCCUGUUUUUCAGAGAUGGAAAAGGCCAAUUGUUUAAGGGAAAGCAAGGGGACGUUUCUGCAACCGGAUCUCUUCAGCUGAAGAACCUGCAGUUCUCCAGUGCAGGCGUUUACGAAGCAAAUGUGUUGUCUCCAAACGGUAAUUUGGUUACACAAUGGAGUUGUCGUCUCUGUGUGAUGGACAAGGUGUCAAAACCUCAACUAACUUAUGUGUGUGACUUCCAGUCCAGGACUGUUAAUCUAAACUGCAAUGUAUCCAGGCCUCAGGGUUUGGAUUUCUCAUGGAUGCGUAAUGACACGUUGUUACCAAGUGAAAGAAGACAAACGUUGAGCGUAUCGUUUCCAAUGUUGAAAGAGCAGAGGACCUUCACAUGUACCGUGGCGAACAAAGUCAGCGUGAAGAAGAGUGACACUGUCCGUCCAACCUGCACAAGUCCAUCAUCGUCACCACCCAAUUUGCUUUGUUUUCCAUCCAAAACUGUUGUGGCAGCGGUCGCAGGAGGAGUGAGUCUGAUUCUGCUUUUGAUUGUCAUCGUCGUUGUGUUAUGUUUCUACUACAGAUGCAACGAGACUCAAAAGGGACUCAGGGAGAAAGGUACCGUCAGAAUGCUUUUUCUAAAAAAGCUAGGGCGGGACUCCAUGAGCCCAGAUUAUGUGACCAUGAACCCGACUGAGAACCCUCGUCCCCCGAGCCCCAAGCCUUCACCGAGAGACAGUUACCAGAACGUUCCUCCGCUCAAAGCUCAGCCUGGAAACGGCCCUGUGCAGCUGUCCACCGUCGCUCAGAGACAACAACCUUCGCCUGUGCCGAAGCAGAGGACCAAGACAACAAACGGAAUGUGUCUCCCUCAACAAACUUUCAACGACAAAGAAGAAAACGUAAAGUUUGCAUUUUAAUCCUGCCUAGUCUUUAUCGCUGUAUCAAUAUCUGUGUAGGAGUGAUUGGUUAAAUACUUAUAAAUAUGUGACGAAAUUAUAUUUCAGAAUAAAAAAUAUUUGUGUAAAAAAUA